CACAAAAAUUGUCAGUGAAAGAUGAUAGACAAUUCUUCAUAAAAUUUCAGAGUAUCAGUUUCAUUAACGGAGAAAUUCUAAAAAUGGCUCAACAACUUGGUCUUCUCCGGCGAGUAUUCCUUCCAACCAGCCCUCGAGUUAUCCACCGAACCUUUAGCGAUGAGUUGGGAUAUUGCCCCAAAAAGGAACUGGAAGCAUGUGAUAAUAUCCCCACCAAAGGCUUAGUAUUAGGCAUGUACACAAAUCCAGAUGAUCAGCAUGACGUGGGGAAACUAACCCCAACUGGAGAACGAUUCGACGCAAUGGUAUGUCAUCGCCUCACAGACCUACUUAGGUAUACCGGUCCACCCCCAGGUAGACUCCAAACCAGAGUGUUUUACAACUUGGAACCAGAAUUCGCAAUGGUUGCUGUCGUAGGACUGGGACGUAUAUGCCAAGGCUAUGACAUCUUCGAGCAGAUAGAUGAAGGUAAAGAAACUAUCCGUCUAGCUGCAGCCCAAGGUUGCAAAGCUUUGCAGCGCAUGAGCAUAAGAAGAGCGUUUGUCGAAAGCUUUGGUCAUGCUGAAUCGGCAGCUGAAGGUGCAGCUUUAGGUGUCUGGUUGUACCAAGAGAAGAAAAUGAGGAAACACCAGCUAAGAAUCCCUACACUUGACCUGUAUGAUGAUUGCGAUUGGACAGGAUGGCAAAUCGGCCUGCAAAAAGCAGCUGCGCAAAAUCUAGCUAGGCAACUGAUGGAUACUCCAGCUAAUCUGAUGACACCUACAUCUUUCGCACAGAAUGCUGUAGAGGUUCUUUGCAAGUCAGGUGUGAACGUUGAAGUGAAGGUACGCGGUUGGGCUGAAACUCAAAAGAUGUACGCUUUCCUAGCUGUAGCUCAAGGAUCAUGUGAGCCACCAAUUUUCUUGGAAUUGAGCUACUAUGGUGCGUGCCGCGAUGAAAGACCUGUUGUGCUCAUUGGUAAAGGUAUAACCUACAACAGCGGAGGACUGUGCUUGAAACCAUGUAAUAAGCAGAGAUUCAUGCGAGGUGACAUGGGAGGAGCAGCUUGUGUCUUGGCAGCUUGUAGAGCUGUAGCUGGGCUGCAGUUGCCAAUCAACAUCAGAGCAUUGAUUCCACUAUGCGAAAACAUGCCUGGUUGUGCAGCAAUGCGACCUGGCGAUAUAGUCAAGGCCAUGAAUGGUAAAAGCAUCAAGAUCCAAUCUACAGAUACUGCUGGGAGGUUAUGUUUGGCUGAUGCUCUAGUCUACGCCCAAAACUUCUGGCCGAGGUUCAUCGUGGACGUAGGGACAAUGACUAAUGACAUGAAGCAUUCUCUGGGAGCUGCAGCAAGCGGAGUGUUUAGCAAUUCGGAGGCUCUUUGGGAGUACAUGCUGGCAGCCUCUAUGCACACUGGUGACCGAGUCUGGAGAUUCCCACUUUGGGAUCAUUUCACCAAAUUGGUAGCCCAUCACCAUGACGUCGACGUAAAGACAUUUGGAAGAGGAGGAGCACCUAGAUGCGGCGAAGCCUGUAAGGUUGCUGCUUUUCUCAAUGAGUUUGUACCAUGUGGAGAUUGGUUACACCUAGAUACCUACGGUGUAAUGUUGUCCAAUGGUAAAGACUAUACUUAUCUUCGUAGAGGGAUGUCUGGAAGACCAACACGUACAUUGGUAGAGUUUCUGUCGCAACUUGUCUGUCAUCGUGAAUAGCAAGCAACGCGUGUGCGUCUUCGUCUGUCUAAUUUGUGAUGUGGAUUUUCAAAAACCCUAACAUCGUUGAGUCCAUUGUCUGUUGAAAGAAUGUAUCUUUUGGUCAAUAAAGCUACUUUUCG